AUGGUGUCAGAGGACUGCAGUGCUUCUUAUAACAUCACUGAGGAGACAGUUUCUGAGUGGCUUUUUACUCCAGCAGACACCAUCAUUAUUACCGUCAUCAUCCCAAUUAUCCUGGGUCUUGGAGUUAUCACCAAUGCUACAUUUCUCUUUGUCAUUUAUCGCGUUCCAAAACUGAGAUCUGUGACAAGCAUUUACUUGGCACACUUGGCCCUGGCCGAUCUUCUGUACUUAAUUAUGUCAGCGUUUUACCACAUUUGGAGGUACGCAUCAUCACCGAUGGUACCCCACACCCCUUUUAUGGGUUCGGCUGGGUGUGGCUGUUUUAUUACUGUUACAAAUACAGGAUAUUUUGCAUCCAUCGCACUGGUGACUAGCAUGUCCUUUGAGAGGUACCUUGCCUUGUGUCAUCCAAUGAAACAUCUGAAAAUACGCGGCAGGGGGCUUACUCUCACAUCAUUGGCAAUCUGUUGGUUGGUUGGCUUUGCAUUUGCUGCAGUGACUGUUCUCAGUUCAGCGACUCUCUACACGGAUUGCCUACAAUGGCCAGAUGAGGACGAGUACCUAGGAUUCCCUUUGAUAAGAUCAUACUGUGGUCCUGUCCAACCCUGGGUACCAUACUACACUUUACCGCUUGUAAAUUUACCCUGGUUGAUAGCAAUGGUGGCUAACAUCUACAUGUAUGCACGUAUUGUAAUAACAUUAAACAAACGCGGUUCCGUCAGCAGAAUGAUCCAAGACCCAAAGGCUGUACAAGUUCGGAACCAAGUAGCCAAGAUGCUGAUUGUCAAUGGAGUUGUAUUCUUCAUCUGCCAGACACCAUACCGCGUGAUAAGUCUGACCGCAUGGGUUAGUCUUUUAGCGCAGAUUCAGGAUCCUUUGAGCACAGCCCUUGGAAAUGCUGGCGUAUGGAUAUCGAGCCUUCCUCAGUUGAUGAACACUUUCAUCAAUCCAUUGAUUUAUGGAAUGAUGAGUGGACAGUACAGAACGGCAUUAAUCCAAGUGUUUCAAUGUCAACCCAAGGCAAGACUGAUGAGACAACAGGCUACCACAACUAGAGCAUCAAAGAUUGACAACUCAGCCUCCCAAAUCACCUCACCGACGACGACAAGUGAGACAUUUGAAACUAGACUGUGA